AUAUCUGAUAUGCAACCCCAAAGGGGUCCUGACCCCCAGGUCGAGAACCACUGCUUUGGAGUGGUUUUGGCUCCUGGCUGGGAAGUCUCAGCCCACAUGAGGCAGAGCGCCACAGCAACAGGACUGUUGAUUCAGUGAAGCUGCUUUCCUUGUGGGAGCCGGAAAGCAGAGAGAGGGUAGCAGGGAGGGCCCAGGCGCACACUGCCCUUCAGGGAACAGUCCCAAUGGUCCGUUUCCUCCAGCAAGGCCUCACCUCAGGGAGCUUCCAUCUCCCCUCCAGCCGGAGACCAAGCCUGCAUUCACCUCAGGGCUCUGUUGGAGGGGGCAUUUCAUUUUGAAGUCCUAACAGCGGGGUAUUCGCUUCAUGGCUUGGAAGUCAAAAGGAAGAGGAAGUGGGUCUCAUGAUUUCUUCUGACGACCCAUGAGUGACUAGAAGGCUUCCCAUGAGGCCUCACUUUGGGUCCCAGUGCCUCCUCCUAGCAGCAGGAUGCUCGGGACCUUUAAGGGAAAGGGAUACCAGAUCCAAACCAAACACAUCUUUUGUGCAUUUUUAAAAAUUGAGUUAGUUUUUGCUGUUUUCCUUCUGAUUUGGGGCAUUAGUCACAUAACAAAGAAUACAUUUUCUUCAUCCCUCCAUUGCUGUUAAAAUGUCUUAUUUAGCGCUGUCCUUCUAGGGCAGGUGAUGGGAACAUGAAACUGCCCUCUUAGGCUCUCUGCUGUGUACACUUUGGAGAAUUUGAUGUAAUCCCUGUAGACACCUACACUUCCAGGCUGUGUUCUGGUCUGUGGUGGGUGGCCAAAGUUGUCGUUUCUAGGGCAUGGAUGAGAGCUGGAAUUUCCUGUAGUCACAAGGACAUCCUCCCUCUCCCUCACCCUCCCCUCUUCCUUACUCCUCUCUCUCUUUUAUGGAUCUUAGGUUUAACUUUUAAGAUUAAGCUUGACAGAAGAGUCAAGGCUUAAGACCACAUUGAAGGUAGUGUCUUUUUCUGGUGGGUUUUUACAGAACUUUGACUUGUUAAUUUUGAAGAUACUCAAACAUGUGCCUUGCUGAUGAUGGUGCACUUGAAGUGUUAAGGAAGUCAGUGUGAAGAUGACCGGAAACUGCUGAGUGUCUUCUGAAUGUUCUACCUCCGCUUUUCUCCUCUGAUGGCAUAAUCCCUUAAGAAACAUUUGGGGUCCUGAUCUGAAAGAUUGUGUCCUGACCAGAAACCCGUUGGUCCUGUAGUGGGGAGGCUUGUGAUGUGCAAAGAGAGAGGGUGGCCAUCUGAUUUCUUCUGGCCAUGGUGGGUGUGUCCAGGGUUCCUUCUCCACUGCCCGGAAGCCUAGCCUCUCCUCUCUCCUCCCCUCCCCUUCCCUCCCUUUCCCUCCCCUCCUCCUCUCCUCCCCUUCUGUCCUCUGUCUGUUUCCUCCUGUCUCUCUGUCAUUUCCUGAAAGUAACAUCAUAGUGACACUUCAGAGCUGAAGUCCACAAAGCUGUUGCUUGGCCUCCAUGGAACCCUCUCUAGGCUGGAUCUCCAUCUCCAGACGUCACUUGUUGUCACAUCCUGGGACACAAGAUGGCAGAUGAUCAGAACUGUGAUCAGCUUCCUGCGGAGCUGGAAGAAGUGGAUUCUUCAAGUGAAGAUGGAGUUGAUGCGAAGCCAGACCGCUCCUCCAUUAUCUCAUCAGUUCUCUGGAAAAAGAAGAGAAAUGCCUCUACACGCCCAGUCAAGACCACCCGGGACCGAGUGCCCACAUACCUGUAUAACAUGGAUUUCGAGAAGAUGGGAAAAUGUAUCAUCAUAAACAACAAGAACUUUGACAAAGUGACAGGUAUGGACGUCCGGAAUGGGACAGACAAAGAUGCCGAGGCCCUCUUCAAGUGCUUCCGAAGCCUGGGUUUUGACGUGGUUGUCUACAAUGACUGCUCAUGUGCAAAGAUGCAAGACCUGCUUAGACAAGCCUCCCAGGAGGACCACAGCAACUCAGCCUGCUUCGCCUGCGUCCUGCUGAGCCACGGAGAGGAGAAUCUAAUCUACGGGAAAGAUGGUGUGACGCCGAUAAAGGAUCUGACGGCUCACUUUAGGGGGGAUCGAUGCAAAACCCUGUUAGAGAAACCCAAACUGUUCUUCAUUCAGGCUUGCCGAGGGACGGAGCUGGAUGACGGGAUCCAGGCCGACUCCGGGCCUAUCAACGACACCGACACCGAUGCUAAUCCCCGGUACAAGAUCCCGGUGGAAGCUGACUUUCUCUUCGCUUACUCCACAGUUCCAGGCUAUUACUCAUGGAGGAACCCAGGAAAAGGCUCCUGGUUUGUGCAGGCUCUCUGCUCCAUCCUGAACGAGCAUGGCAAAGACCUGGAGAUCAUGCAGAUCCUGACCAGGGUGAAUGACAGGGUGGCCAGGCACUUCGAGUCCCAGUCUGAAGAUGCCCGCUUCAAUGAGAAGAAGCAGAUCCCUUGCAUGGUCUCCAUGCUCACCAAAGAGCUCUACUUCGGCCGAUGACCGUCCCUUCCAGCUGAGAACCUGCAGUCACUCAUUGAUGAGUCCAAUUGUUAUGUUUAUCAUUUUGAUGCUCUCAAAAUAUCCAGAAAUGUUAAAUUAAGAGAUUUUAUUUUAAGGAAGUAUAUUGAUUCAGCAGGAAGGAAGUUUCCUGGUAAUGUCUGAUAUUCUGGGUUUCUAGACUUCUUUUUUUUUUUUAAAUAAUUUUGUAAUUUUGUUCAUUGAUGACUUUAUAUUUUCCUUUUAAGGUUAAUUUCCUGUUCAUAUUUCUUUUACCUGGUCAUCACAUUGAGUGCAGGCUAUGAAAAUGACCUCUGAACAAGACUCAUUGGUGGUGGCAUUAAUGGAAAAUCAAAGUCUUAGUUGAACUAGGCAAAGAGGAUUCCAGUUCUUGACAAACAAAUACAGCUGAGACGCUCGUUGGCCUCUCCUGGAAAGGUGGCUGUUGUGUAGAGGAGUGGCUGUUUUCAUUGACUUAGGACAGAUUCAUUUGCAGGCCUUCCCAGGGAAGUGAGAAAACAGUGAGUAUUCUAGUACGCAGGACCUAAUCCAGAAAACAGGCCCUUCUAAGGUGCUUCAGUGGAGAAGCGUCAAUACAGGGAACUCACUUACGCGGGUAAUUAAGGAAAAGAGCCGAGCAGUAGAAAUCUGUUACCUCCUGUGUGACUGGGAGGCUGUGAGAGUAGGUUGGUUCCCUGUUCAUCAGUAAGUACUGUGGUAGCACUGCCUCCUCGGAGCAGAGACCAUGGAGGGUUGUGGUAAAUGGAGCCCAGCCAAGGACAAAGCCACUGUCCGAGAUGGAAACCAAGCCAGAGCUGAGUCAGACACCAAGACAUCCCCAGGCCUCUUCUCAUGUUCUUCACCAGCACAUCACCAGUCCAAGGUCCCUGGAAGCCUCUAGUGAGGCCCCUGAGAUGCCCUGCGCUACAGAGCAGAGCAGGGCCUAUUGAGCCAGGGAGUGGGGCUGUGAGCUUGGCCCAUAAUGUGAACUUAAAUAACUAAGUCUCUUGUAGGCAGCUGUUCAUCUGUUCACUGGUUUGUCAGAUCAUCCACACAGGUGCUAAAAAACAAUGUUUCCACCUCAUGUGCCAAGUAAUGUUUCUGUAUUUCAAAUAUAUCUGGAAUUCUUUCAGUUAUUCCAAGAUUUUUUUUCUGAAUAAUUUUUUGUUACCUCUGAUUCUACGAAGCUUAGGGCAAAAGUCUUAGCACUUUCUUUUCAAGGUGUUUUCUUUGGAAUUUGUUAGGCAUUCCUAUUUUUUCCACCUAAUAAGUGGUUAACAAAUGUUCCUAUUUAUUGAUUAAAAUGUGGUUUAGUAACUCCUAACUGGCCCGGGCUGCUUUCUUCUUGAAGUUAUUUAGUGCAAUGAGAAAUUAGAAAACACAAAAAAAGAAGAAGGAAUUAGGAAACAGAAUGAGAAUGAUCCUGCUGACCUGGUCUCCAUACAAAGUACAAACAUUAUUUAUUUGGAAGCUAGAGCACAGUAAGUAUAUGAUCACUUAGAGGACAAAAUGUUUCAUAAAAGGGUUAACUGUAAAGCAGUCCAAACAGGGCAACCUCCUAGAAAAAAAAAAAAAUCACCAUUAUAAAAGUAGACUUCCCACAAAGAAAAUCAUUUAAGACCAGUUUGUUAGACUUGCCCCUGGUCCCUGUCAUCAAAACUACACCAGAUGGUCCCAGUUUAAGUAGAGACCAUGACUCAAGCAGCUGCCCUCCGGCUACCAGAAUCCACAGGCUGUUGUAAGCAGUGGCGGGCUAGUGUAGAAAUCAAGACGCCCAAGCAUGUAGGACUUGGGGUAAAAGCCCUAUUGGCCAGGGUACGUUAUAAGUUCCGCCAAAGGGGAAGAAGUGAUCCUAAGGGCUCGGCUUCAUUUAUUUAUUUAUUUUAAUGGACCAAAACCUUCUCUCUACAAAUUACUAAAAUACAAGCUUGUUUCUAAAAUGAAAUUAUGCACCUGUGGUUGUAUUCAUAAGUAUGCGAAAUAACAGAACUGGGCCAGUGCUCUCACAAGUGGAGACAGUCCUGAUCCCCAUGUUCCAUUCCGCUUCACAACUACCAGGUUUGCUUCUCUUGUACCUUAGUCUGUAUCCAGAUUCUCUGCAUCUGAUUGGCUCUCUGGAUUCUAUUCCAUUUUCUGUGUGACAUUCUCCAUAUGCGCAUAAAUGACGUUGAUUUGGCGGCUGCUUUGGGCUUCUUCAUGUCCACUGUUAGCACAGACUUUUCCCUUCUCACUGCAGAGACAUCUCUUGGGUCUUCGAAACAGCUAGAGUUCAUUUAUUUUUAAUUUUCCAAGUGUUGUGGUUUGAAUGAAAAAACGGCCCCAGAGAUUUCAUGUAUUUAAACCCGUGGUCCCUGGUUGGUGCUGAUGGGGAGGUUCUGGAACCUUUAGCAGGCAGAGUCUUGCUAAAAGAAGUGUGCCCUUGGGAGCCAUUUUUGGGGGUCUGUAGCUUGCUCACUUUCCCCCCACCCAAACCAGAAGGUAAAGUGUACCCUUUCUUCCUUAAGUGGCUUUUGGUCAUGGCUAUUUUAUCACAGCAAGAGAAAAGUGACCCCUGUGUGUAUAGGUUGCAAACAGUGGGUAUUACAAGCUGUGAGCACCUAGCAUCCAAAAUGUUCUGAAAUGGUUUCGUGUGCUCAGAUAGUCUCAGAUGUGAGAUACUUUGGAUUAAGGAUACCAACCAAUAAAAUCUAUCUAAAUAAUCCCAGAGCUAAAAUUCUGAAAUCUGGAACACUUGAAGUUCCAGGCAUUUUGCUCAGGGAUUUGCAGACCAUACUUGAUAUUCCUUAAACCCUAUUAGGGAAGCGUCUUCAUUCUUGGGCACUCACAGAGACAGUUUGCUUAUCCAGAUCAGAGAUCCUCUUCCACGUGAGCCCGAGUUCAUUCAUAGCUCUGUGGCUACACUUUUCCUAUUAGUGUGUGAGUUGUACACAUGCCAUGAUGUGCAUGUGGCUGCCAGAGGGCAGCUCUGUGGGGUCCAUUCUCUCCAUCCACCUUUCUCUGGGGUCCAAGGAUCAAGCUCCGGUUGCCAGGCUCCUCCAGCAAACAUCUUUACCUGCUUGUUCUUAUCCUUUUAUAUUCUGACCAGCAGAUGCAAGCGGCUGGGAGGUAACAGAAUCCAGUGCUGUGAGUACUCCUUCCCAGUUCUUGUUGGUACCCAGAGCCCAGGCUUUCCUUGCAGGAGUAUCAGAGCGAGCACUGUCUUCAUCACAUGAGUCUGGCUGUGGUAUUAUGAGGGAGGCAGUUCUGUGUGGUGUCCGUGGGCAUCAAUGCAUGCAGAUCUGGAUUCCUGCCUGUUCUUCCUCGGGGUGCCACCAGCCUAUUUAAGCAGUUGGCUAUUUAUAUAUUCACAGAUUGUCCUCAGCUCUAUUCCUGAGCACAUUUCUGUAAACCAUCAUAAUCCCAUUAUGUUUAUGAAUUGCUUAAAACAGAUUUCAAGAUAAAGUGGUGGGAUUUGUUGUACAUGUGUCAUUUAAAACCUCAGGCGGAUGAAGUCCUCUGUGAGAAGGAUGUGGCAUUUCCUGAAAGGUCACAGGCUCUGACUGACCUUUAGUCUGCUCUUGCAGCUCAUCACUUGUUACAUUUCACUGGCAGGUUCUCUGAUGACCAAGGGUUGCCUGUUGGUAUCCUGGGUGCAUACCCUUCCCGCCAGUGUUUCAUCUUUUGGGACCUUUCCCAAAAACCAGUGGGUUAGGUGAGCAGCUGUGGUGGUCAUCACUUUACAGCAGCAGUUGUCUUUGUUGCCAUGGCUGUAAGUAUCCAUGGGAACUAGUUCCAGGACCUACAUCCAGGAUACCAAGAUCUGUGGAUGCUCACAUUCCAUCAAGUGACAUUGUAUUUGCACAUAAGCCUGUGCAUAUCCCCCCCAUAUAUUUUUAUUUCUCUAUAUUUGUAUAUUUGUGCAUGUUUGUGUAUGUAUGGGUGCCCAUGUGUGGGCAAGUGUGACACAGGCCCAGGACUGUCAGCUCAAGUCUUCCUCUAUCACAGAGGCAGGGUUUCUCAGCUGAACCUGGAGCUUACUGUGUAGUUUAGUAGACUAGCUAGCCAGCCUUCCAGGCAGUAAAGUCACAGACAGGCUGUCAUCCCGCACAGCAUUUACUUGGAUGCUGGGAAUCUGAACUCCAAGCAUGCUUGUGGACAAGGGGCUAUACCUGCUGAGCCAUCUGCCUGUCUCCUCCUAUGUAUUUUAAGUCAUCUCUAGAUUACUUAUAACAUGAUACAAUGUGAAUGCUGUUCGGAUGGCAUACUACUAUAUUAUGUUGGGGAAGGAUGAGAGAAACCAUCUGCUCAUGUCUGGUACAGAUGCAACUUUAUCAGAUAUGUUUGAUCUUUGGUUGGUUGGAUCUGCAAAUGCAGAAGUGGAAAGGACUGGCUGAAGAGAGCCAGGAGAGCAAAGAGCAGUGUCCCAGCAUCUCAGGGAUACUUUCAAGAUUAUCUCACCUUCAACAAGAGUUUGGAUUUAGAUCUAUGUGCUCAUCAGCUUGAAAGAUCACAUAGUUGUUUGCCUCGACACUGAAACAUGAGCCUCCAGCGAUAAUCUUCACUGGCAGCCUAACUGGAUUUGGGAUUGUCCCGUGGACUUAGAGGAACAAAGGAGCAGGCUGGCUGAGUAACAAUGUUCCUCUCUCUCUUUCUGACUGCUGAUGUGAUGUACGAGCCAUCCCAGACCCCUGUCUCCAUGCUUUCCCUGUCACGAUAGACUGUGUACCCUCAAAUUGUGAGCUAAAAUAAAUCCUGUUGUUUAA